AUGGAUACUUCCAACGUCGAGCGACUUGUGGCGAUGUUCUUUAAUCUGUCAGAGGAUGAAAAGGACAGAUUUACCGAGAUAAUCUUCUCUGACCGCAAUGACGAUGCACAAAACGAGUACGACGCCUCUGAAAUGGAGUUUGACAGUGGAGCAAGCAACAACAACCCAAUCUCUGCAGCCCUUACCAAGCUGUUGAGGGAUCUCAUCGCCACCGAUAAUAGCACAACACCAGUGGCCAAACCAGUCACCGUUGCCCGUUAUGCAACCUACGCUUUAGAAGAAGCAUCGCGCCCCUUCCCGCCUUCAGUCCGCAACAUCCUGCUCCGAGAAUGGGCCAUGGACCUCAAGCUCUGGCCCCAGAACAAAUCCACGCUCCAAGAACAGGCGCUCGUAUCGACCGGACUCCUCUACAACCACAUCAUCACCGUCUUAGACAACGAGCUGGAAAAACUCCAAACGAAGCUCAUCAGCGAGCCAAUCGCAAACAGCACAGAUCUAAACGACAACAAAUUCUCAACUCUUAAAGAUAUGAAAGACGCGCUCGUCGUAAACCUAACAGUCCUCUUCCAAGACGUCCGCAACGUGAUCCUAGCCCAGCCCCCCGCAUCCGGCAGUCUCCAAACCCUAUCCCUGUGUCUCGAGCGCGACAAGAACCUCACCCUGGAACAGAGACGCGAAAUCGACGCCAUCGAUACUUUUGAGGAGCGCCAUGAUGCUAUCUGGGAUGAGUGGAGAACGCAUUGGUCGACGGAGAAUGGGACGCAGCAGAAUGCGGAGGCGGCCUGGGAUGAUUUGGAGAAGCGCUUGGAGGCGUUUGUGGAUCGGGAAAUGGCAGAUGCAGUUCAGGCUGCGGCGCCUGUGGAGGAUCUGAUGUGA